CCGGAAAUUUCGUCUUACAUUUCCGUUGACUUUACAGUCUGUUUGACUCGCGGCUGCUUCCAGAACCUGCAGGACGGAGCCCGGUUCUGUUAACGGGUCGAAGGAGGACCGACAUCGUGAGGAAGGAGCUGAGAUGGAGGCUGGAGGAGAAGAUGUCCAGAAAGUUACUGUUGGUGAAGAAAAGCAUCAGGAGGGGAGUUCUAGUACGAAUCAGGAGAACCAGGAGGAUCAUGAUGACCUGAACAUUAAAGAGGAGCAGCUGUGGAGCAGUCAAGCAGAAGAUCAACUUCUAGACCUUCAGGAGACAGAAACCACCAAGUUCACCUUCAGUCUGGUCUCUGUGAAGACUGAGGAUGAUGAAGAGAAACCUCAGCUCUCACAGCUCCAUUCCAGAGACUCUGUUGGAGAACCAGAACCACGUUUAGAAGAAGAUGACAAGAUGACAGACUCUUCAGAGACAGACGUCAGUGAUGGUGACUGGGAGGAAACCAGUAAAACUCACUCACGUUUAAAUCCCAUUAAUAAAAUACCCACAGCUGAAACAUGUGAGGAUGACGAUGAGAAACCAUUCGGCUGCUCUGAAUGUGGGAGAAGAUUUAAUCACAGCUGGAAUCUGAAACAACACCUGAGAAUUCACACAGGUGAGAAACCCUUCAGCUGCUCAGAGUGCAGUAAAACAUUCAGCCGCAACACGAACCUGAAAGCUCACCUGAGAAUCCACAGUGGAGAGAAAAGGUUCAGCUGCAGCGUCUGCCACAAGAGAUUCACCUGGAACCAUCACCUGAAAACCCACAGGUGUGUCAGCAAAUCAGCAGACUGUGACGGAUCCAGACCUGCCGGGAACUCACCUGAUCCAACAAGAAAUAAAGAUGAGAAACCACUCAGCUGCUCUGAGUGUGGGAGAAGAUUUAAUCACAGCUGGAAUCUGAAACAACACCUGAGGACUCACACAGGUGAGAAACCCUUCAGCUGCUCAGAAUGCAGUAAAACAUUCAGCCGCAACACGAACCUGAAAGCUCACCUGAGAAUCCACAGUGGAGAGAAAAGGUUCAGCUGCAGCUCCUGCCACAAAAGAUUCACCUGGAACCAUCACCUGAAAACCCACAGGUGUGUCAGCAAAUCAGCAGACUGUGACGGAUCCAGACCUGCCAGGAACUCAUCUGAUCCAAAAGGAAAUAAAGAUGAGAAACCACACAGCUGCUCGGAGUGUGGAAGGAGAUUCAGACACGGCAGCGAUCUGAGCAGACACCUGAGGUCCCAUACUGGAGAGAAAACCUUCAGCUGCUCCGAGUGCAGCCGGGGUUUCAACGACAAGUCAACUCUGACUAACCACCUGAGGACUCACACCGGGCAGAAACCCUUUGGCUGUUCGGUUUGCGGUAGAAACUUCAAACACAGCGUGAGUCUCACACAACACCUGAAGACGCACACUGGAGAGAAACCCUUCGGCUGCUCUGAGUGCGGGAAAACCUUCAGCCGUAGCACCAACCUGAAUGCUCAUCUGAGGAUCCACAGAGGAGAGAAGAGGUUCAGCUGUCGAUUCUGCGACAGAAGAUUCACCCGGAAACAUCACAUGAUCGACCAUGAGCGCAUGUGUACGUCAGUGAGCCGUGGACGACCGAAACCGGACAGGAAACGAACCCUGAUGCCCCAACCGAACAUCCACAGACUGGUGGUGCUCGUGAAAGAUGUAGGUUUAGACUCAGCGUUGGUAGGAACCCAACAGCCCGCCUCCUGCCUCCGUCCACCGCACACUGAGAUUACUUCAAAUUAAAUUGGCUGAAGUGCACCAGUUGUUAAACAGAAACGUUAAAAACAUAAAGAGUUGUCAGAUUUUCAAUUUUCAGACACUUUGUGUGUGAUUGUGUAUUUGCUCUUCAAUAUAUUUUACAUCUUUAUAUAAAAUAAGCACCCUGGACUUCAUUUUAGCCCUUUAAAACUUAAAUUACAGAUUAUGAUGUUGCAUUUUAUUAUUAUUCUAAUUAUUUUUAUUUUUUUCAACACAGCGAGUCCAACAUGAACAUAUUGUAAGAGCAUGUGAGACAUCGAACCAAGGAAUCGUUCGUUGUACGUCUUGAAUUAACAGACUGAAGAAAAUGAAAAGCUUUGUGACAAUACAAUGGUUCCUCACCGAAAAUCUGCCAAGUAGUGACCAUAUUUAUUUUGUUUUUUUAGAUAUAUUUUAAGGCUUUAUAAACCUUCCCCACCCUCUUAUAAACACCUCCUAUGUUCUUUAACACUUUCUACCCUACGUAAUUUUAACAACAUAUAAAAUUCUGUAUGGGUAGUCACCAGUGGAUAUACUACAACUUAAAUGAUGAAGAUGAGAUGAAUGUACAGCAUAGUGAGAAUGGACAAGAUGCUGAACGUUGCAACAGCGCAGUACGCUACGUAUUUUAUUUUGAUUUAAUAUUCUUUCAAUAUGCUUGAAUUAAUAUUUUUAAGAUUUUUUUUUAGACAUUUUUUUGGAAUUUUUUUUAGGCCAGGAAAUGCUUAUUUUUCCACCAAAAAAUAAUAAUCAAUGUUUAAAAAUAGCUAUAUACUGCAAAAUCCUGCGAUACAGUGAAAACUGUACUAGGUUUUUUAUGUUUUUUUUCUUUUGUAAGUCUUGAAUUAACAGACUGAAGAAAAUGAAAACCUUUGUGACGUUACAGUGGUCUAGUCUAUCGCGGGGGUUAUGUUCCAGAUGAAAAUCUGCAAAGUAGUGACCAUAUUUUUUUUUUAUUAUUUAUAUAUAUAUUUUAAGGCUUUAUAAACCCUCCCCACACUCUUAUAAACACUUCCUAUGCCCUUUAACACUUUCUACACUCUUAAACCUAUGUAAUUUUAACAACGUAUAAAAUUCUAUCUUGGUACUAUAUGGGUAGAUAUUCUUUUAAUAUGUUUUAAUUGUUAUUUUUAAUAUUUUUUAUAUUGUUUUAAAUUUUUUAGGCUAUAAAAUGCUUAUUUUACCACAAAAAAUAAAAAUACCUAUAUAUGGCAAGACUGCAAAAAGUGAACCACAAUAUGGCGAGGGACCACUGUACUAGGUUUUGUUUGUUUGUUUGUUUUAAUUGGGAUCCAAAAAAAGUUAAGGCUGCAAAAUCAAAAGUUUGACUGCAGCAUGACACUGCUUUCUCACUAAAUACUUACAUUUUUAUACUUGGAGAUCUUUUUCUACUUGUUCUUUUUGUAUUUGUAUGGUUUAAAUUUUUUUUUUUUAAGUAAUUUUGAAGCAUAUCUGUUUAUGUGAGAACUAAAACACAGUUUUCUCGUAUCCGGUGUAACUGAAGUAACUGACUUGUGUUGUCAGGACAGAUGGGUGUGCACAAACAAACAAAAAAAAAAAAUACAAAAAACUAUUUUCAGAUACUAAAGAGAAGUUAUUCCAACACUAACCCUCGAUCAAAUUCAUAGUUUAACCCUCCUGUUGUCCUCAUUUAUGGACACCAAAAAAUAUAGUUUCCUUGUCUGAAAAAAAUUUCUGAAAAUUUGCAAAACCUUAAGGAAGAAAAUUCCAAUAAUUCCUGAAAAGUUUCCCUUAAAAGUUUUAUUUUAAAAAAUCCCCCAAAUUUUGGCAAGAAAAUUCUUGUAAAUAUUUUCAAAAAAUGAAUAAAAAUCUUCCAAAAAAUCCUAAAAAUAUCUAAAGUGAUUCCAUAUAUAUCAAUAAAACUUCUAAUAAUUUCUUUAAGAACAUUCACAUAAAAAUCAACCAAAAUCCAGCGAAAUUUUGGGCUUUUGGUUGAUUUUUAUGUGAGUGUUCUUAAGAAACAUUUUUAACAUUUCUUUUUUCCACCCAAAAAAUGUUCUAAGAUUUCCCAAAAAUGUUGAAAAUGUGGACAUCAGAAGUUUCACUGUGAAAAUAUGCAUUUUUUCUCCACAUUUUCAAACUUUAAAACGGAUGAAUUUCGACCCACAGGACGACACGAGGGUUAAUAUAAAAAUAUCUCUCAUGCAUAUUUUAUCCCACUUAAUCUCAUUUAUUAGGAGCGAUGACUGACCGAGCAGCAUGUUGUUACGUAACGACGGCUUCACACCACCCACCAUGGGUGUGUUUUGGUGAAAGAAGUUCCUGGGAAUGAUGUGAGAGGGGAUGGAAAUGAGCCAAAGAGCUUAGAGCUGAUGUAAACCCAGCUGGAUGCUACACUCAGAAGAAACCAGGUGCUACUCGGUUUUGGAACUUGAUGCUCUGAUUCUCUGAAAACAUUUCAGAUUUGAAUUAUUAUUUGAAACAUAAGGACACAAAUAACUCUCUUUUUCUCCUGAAACCCUCCUGUAUCACUUUGGAUUUCGGUUAUGGUGUAAAGGAAGGAAAAACAAGAAGGGUCCUAGAAGUGUGGUCCUGAAAUCACAGCUUCCUGUCCUGCAGACACAUAAUAUUGGAUUAAAGAGCAGUUUUACAAUCUGUCAUCACAGAACCCAAACAUCUGGACGCUGGAACUGAUUAUCCUGCUGCCUUCAUCAUUUAAGUCACCAAGAAGUCUUUAUUUGACUGAGUAUGUCAACACUUGUUUUAAAGACAAACCUUUGGAAAGUUGAGGACUGAAAUGAACUCUUCAUCAUCAGUUAUUACUCUCCUCAUCUUCAUCCUCGUCCAUCUUCAUUAAUUCUUUCUGCUCUUCUUCUGUCUAGUCCGCGGCUCAUAACUGAUUAAAAUGGCAAAUGUGUUGUUUAAUUAGCAAAUAUUUAAGUUUGUAUUAAAUGCAUCUGGAGGGUCGAGA